AUGUCGUCAAAAAUGGAAAUAAUUGCUCGUCGUUCAAAUGAACGUGGUCAUAGUAAUGUUGGUUGGUUAGAUAGUUAUCAUACAUGGUCAUUUUCUUCUUAUCAUGAUCCAAAAUUUGAUAAUGGUUUUGGUUGUUUACAUGUUCUUAAUGAAGAUCGUGUUGAACCAACAAAAGGUUUUGGUACACAUUCUCAUAAAGAAUAUGAAAUAUUUUCAUAUAUUGUUGAUGGUGAAUUAGAACAUAAAGAUUCAAUGGGAAAUACAGAAAUAAUUCAUCGUGAUGAAGUUCAAUUUACAUCAGCUGGAACAGGUCUUCAACAUUCUGAAUUUAAUGUUCAUCAAUCAUUAUGGGUUCAUUUUAUUCAAAUAUGGGUUAAACCAAAUCAAUCGAAACUUCAACCAUCAUAUACAACAAAAAAAUGGUCAGAUAAAGAUAAACUAAAUAAACUUUGUUUAUUAGUUGAUGAUAUUAAAAAUUCAAAUGAAAAUACAAUUGCAAUUCAUGCAUCAUUAUCAAUGUUUGCAACUAUUUUAGAAGCGAAUCAAUCAAUUAAACAUAUUUUUAAAAGAAAUAAAGGAUUUAUACAUUUAAUUAUGAGAAGUGGCAAAGAAGCAACAAAUAUUGCAAAAAUUCGUCUUAAUCAAUCUAUUAUCUUAGAAGAAGGUGAUGGAGCAUUUAUUAAUUGUGAAACAUCAUUUAACGAAUUAUCCAUUGAAAAUAUUGGAAAAAUUAAUGCGGAAUUUUUAUUAUUUGAUCAUGAAUAA